UCCUAUGUGUGUGCUUGCGUGUGUUGAAAGCUGGCUCUUUCCUCCGCUCUCCUGCUCAUGAGCCGCAGAGGACAACUUUGACAACACGCACAGGAACCAGAGGUCUCCCUCCUUCCUCCGUCAUGACCAGGAAGGUGUUUACCAACACACGUGAGCGCUGGCGCCAGCACAACGUCAACAGCGCCUUCUCUGAGCUACGCAAGCUCAUCCCCACGCACCCGCCCGAAAAGAAGCUCAGCAAGAAUGAGAUCCUGCGGCUGGCCAUGCGCUACAUCGACUUCCUGGCGCGCCUGCUGGAGAGCCAGGGCGGCGUCGGCAGCGGCGGGGGGCGAGUCGACCACGCCCCCGCCGCCCUACUCACGCUCCUGCGGGGCAACAUGGAGCAGCUCCGCUCGCCCUCCCGCCCAUGGACGCUGGCCAGCGACACCGAGGCCCCCUCCUCACCUGGGUCCAGCUGCAGCAGCUCGGAACCCUGGUAGAAUGACACCAGGGAACGGACUUCCGGGCUUCCAGGUCCCCUUUUUGAGAUCUGACCUUCUACCUAUGUGAGGACUGCACAUGAGCAGCUUUGUGUUCGUAUUGUGCAUGGAUCUUUUACUAGUCCCCUGAUAGGUUUUCGUGUUGUCUACAAAAAGAGGCCGUUUAUCUCCGUGACUGCCUCAAAAAGCACUUUUUAUGUCUCUUUAUCCCCCCUCAACUGACGAGACUGCACUGUCUUUUUCUUUGAAAAGUGAGGACUCAUUUUUGUAGUCUGCAUCUCAUCUCGCCAAAGAUUGUUUUUUGAUUGUUACUGUGAUGCUAAUUGGCAUAAUUAGCAUCCGAUACCUCUCUUUGUAAUUUCUGUCCCCACUUGUGACAAAUGUUAUUUAUAUUUUAUUUGAAC